AAUGGCCGGCUGUCCGAGUUUGAUAGUAACAUAGUAUUCGAAAGAAUCAAGUCACUUGCUUCAAAGAAUAUAUGCUUAAUGAUUGGUGACGAGACUGGUCCUGCAUGCAUCAUUCCUUUGUUACCGAAAGAUGUGCUAAAAGAGCAAACGUAUACAUAUUCUGGAAACUCAUACUCGAUUGCGUUAGUGGAAUCAAAAACUGUUGGACCGCGAACUACUGCUUACAAGUAUUCGAUUACAUAUACAGCAAGUGGCGUAUCAAAGGAAGAAAAAGACAAAAACAACAAAAACAUUGACAGCAAUACCGAAAAAAUUGUUCCGGUGUACUACUACCGCUGGGACAAGAGAAUUAUGCCCGAUGCUUUUGAGGAACUUCUACAGUUAGCUAGACUUUGUGAACCCGCAAAAUCAAUCUGUAUGAGUAAUCGCAGAAAAGAGGUUUUCUCGUUGAUAUACAUGUUUUACACAUAUAUCUACGUUCUCAAGCAACCUAUCAAACUAAUGGAUGCCUUUCGAAUCCACACCGCAAAAUGCAAUGGAUCGAUAUUAGAUAGGAGCGAAAUGUUGUUCGUGAUGGCAAUUAUUAUGGAGUGGGCCUACCAAAGUCGUGCGAUUUCGAAAGAUCUAACAAAGGAACACACUGUGUGGGGUCGCUCAUAUGCUUUGAUGCGUCUUUUUGCAAAGGACAAAAAGAACAUAAAAUCUAUACACCCUGACCACUUAUCGAACCUUGGCUUAGUAACUAAAGAAAAUUUCUCAUCCAUGUUUGAAACAGUGCCUCGAUUUUCAUCAAGAAAGCCUUCUGCUAUGAAAGAUAAAUAUCGCAGAGCAGCUGGAAAAGAACGGGUUCCACGAAAGGCCGACAAUCUCUCUGCCGAGAGCCAAGACUUCACUAAACCUCAUAGCGGACGCUCUCCCACUGGAAAAACGGCUGUUGAGAUGAAAGCUUCGGCGGUGCAAGGAUGGACGUCGACGAUUAGCGCUAACGCUUGA